CGCGUAUUCUUGUGAUCCUUCAACUUGCAAAUCUCCAAAAUGUUUUUGUGCUGGAACAACUCCUCCUGGAGGUCUUUCUCUGGACGACACUCCGCAAUUUGUCUUGUUUACUUCUGACAAUGGUCUUUAUAAUGAUUGUUGGAAAGGUUUUUGUGAUCCUGCAAAACUAAAAAUUCCGGGAUUCUUUGAAAUUCCAAUGUCUGCCCUUAUCGGUAUGUAUACAAAUAUACGUUUAUAUCAAUAUUUUAAUUUUGUUAACAAAAGUUAUUAUCAACUUUUAGAUGAACAAGGACUACCUCAUUUAAUGGAUCCAUAUCUCGAUAAUACUACUGAUGUU